UCAGAGAGAUUCAGAGAAAGUGAACCUUGAUCAACAACAACAUGGACGCCUGAAGCGAUCAACCUCUUUAAACAACAGAAUAUUUAUCUGUUAUUUAUCUGUUUAUUUAUUUGUCUUUCUAUUUAUCUGCUGUUCAAAGAGUCUUGUGGACACAUCUGAUACUCAAAGGCUUGAAGAGGGAAAGAACAAUGGCAGCAUCUUUACCAAGAUUAACAAAAGCAAGAAUAUUCAGUAGACAGAGUAUAGAGCGUAAACCUCCAUCAAUGUCAUCCUCCAGUGUUCGACUGACUGAGGAGCUUCAGUGCUCUAUAUGUCUGGACGUGUUCACUGAUCCAGUCAGCACUCCAUGUGGACACAACUUCUGCAAGACCUGUCUGAAUAAGUGCUGGGACAACAGCCAGACCUGCAACUGUCCAUAUUGUAAAGAAACAUUCAAGCGAAGACCUGAUCUCAAGAUUAAUACCACACUCCGAGAAGUUGUAGAUCACUAUAAAAAGAAACGUCCUGAGAAAAAACAUGUGAAAAAAAAUCACACAGAACUUGAAGUUCUGUGUGACAUCUGUGAGGAAAGAAAGCUGAAAGCUAUAAAAUCGUGUCUAGUGUGUCAGAGCUCUUACUGUGAAACUCACCUGGAGCGUCAUUUGACAGUGGCAGGUUUAAAGAAACACAAACUCAUGGAACCUGUGAAUAAUCUGGAGGAUUAUAUAUGUCAGAAACAUGAGAGACCUCUGGAGCUGUUCUGUAGAGAUGAACAGACAUGUGUUUGUCCGAUCUGUGCCGUAACAGACCACAAGAACCACAACACUGUUCCUAUAGAAGAGGAGAGUGAAGAGAAGAAGACUCAACUGAUAAAGACACAGAAAGAUGUGCAGCAGACGAUCAAGGAAAGAAUCAAGAAGAUUCAAGACAUCAAACAUUCAGCAGAAGUCAGAAAAAGAAACACAGAAAAGGAGAAAGCAGCCCGUGUCGAGCUCUUCACUGAUCUCAUCCGCUCCAUUGAGAGAUGUCAGACUGAACUGCUGGAGAUGAUGGAGGAGCAGCAGAAAGCAGCAGAGAAACAGGAGGAAGAGCUCAUUGAAGAGCUGGAGCAGGAGAUCACUGAGCUAAAGUUGAGAAACACUGAGCUGGAGCAGCUCUCACACACUGAAGAUCACCUCCACCUCCUACAGAUUUACUCGUUCCUGUGCAGCUCUAGAAACACCAGGAACUGGUCUGAGAUCAGUGUGAAGACUGAUGAGAGUCUGGAGACUCUGAGGAGAGCUCUGACUCAAAUUAAGGACACUUUACAGGAGAAACUCACACAAACUGAUCUGAAGAGGUUGCAGCAGUAUGCAGUGGAUGUGACUCUGGAUCCUGAUACAGCUCAUUCUAAUCUCAUUCUGUCUGAUGAUGGAAAACAAGUGAGAGAUGGAGACAUAGAGCAGAAACGUCCAGACAACCCAAAGAGAUUUGAUCACUGUGUAUGUGUCCUGGGAAAAGAGGGAUUCUCCUUGGGAAGAUUUUAUUUUGAGGUGCAGGUGAAGGGAAAGACUAAAUGGGAUUUAGGAGUGGCCAGUGAAUUCAUUAACAGGAAGGGAGAGAUCACGUUGAGUCCCAGUAAUGGAUGUUGGACUGUGUGGCUGAGGAAUGGGAAUCAGUAUAAAGCCUUUGCUGAUUCUCCUGUCUCUCUGUGUCUGAGAGUGAAACCGCAGCGGGUCGGUGUGUUUGUGGAUUAUUCGGAGGGUCUGGUCUCCUUUUAUGAUGUGGAGUCCAGCUCUCAUAUCUACUCUUACACUGGUCAGUCUUUCACUGGCAAUCUCUAUCCAUUUUUAUGCCCAUGCUUUAAUGAUGGAGGUAAAAACUCAAGUCCACUGAUCAUCACACCUGUUAAUUACAAUAAAUCAGUCCCUCCAGGAUUUCGCGGGACUUUAUUCUUAUGUGACUUCCUUAUUCUGAACAAACUCAAGCAGCACUCAAGCCUCAGCGGACACAUCUUCUGUCAGGCUCGUGAAAUGGAUUCAAUCUAUGAAAAUACUGAUUUCGUACUUUCAACAGUUUCUUCAGAUGAAAAAUGCUCUCAAUUCAAAGGUAAUUUCACUGAAGAACAAGAAAGUGAGAGGAAAGUCAGUUCCUCUAAGUGGACUAAAGCUCUUCUGACUCUUCUGGGUUUGUCUCUCGUUUUUGCUCUCGGGGGUCUCUGCGCUCUCUGGAUCCUUUAUAAUAAUAAGCUUGCCGAUUUCGAAUCACUGAAUGAGCAGCACAUAAUAGUUUCAAAACAACUUGCAGCUCAAGUGAUCAACAGCACAGUUAUGAUAAGAGAACAAGAGGAACUUAGAACCAACUACACCAGAGUUAGAGAACAGCUUCUACUUCAUGUCGAGCCGAAGAGGAUGCAGCAUUAUGCAGUGGAUGUGACUCUGGAUCCUGAUACAGCUCAUCCUAAUCUCAUCCUGUCUGAUGAUGGAAAACAAGUGAGCUGUGGAGACAUUAGACAGAAACUCCCAGACAAACCAGAGAGAUUUAAUAACAGUGUAUGUGUCCUGGGAAAGGAGGGAUUCUCCUCAGGGAGAUUUUAUUUUGAGGUGCAGGUGAAAGGAAAGACUGACUGGGGUUUAGGAGUGGCCAGAGAAUCCAGUAACAGGAAGGGAAAGAUCACAGCAAGUCCCAGAGAUGGAUUCUGGAUUGUGGUUCUGAUGAAUGAGAAUGAAUAUAAAGCCUUUGGUGAUUCUCCUGUCUCUCUGUCUCUGAGAGUGAAGCCGCAGCGGGUCGGUGUGUUUGUGGAUUAUGAGGAGGGUCUGGUCUCCUUUUAUGAUGUGGAGUCCAGCUCUCAUAUCUACUCUUUCACUGGUCAGUCUUUCACUGACAAACUCUAUCCAUUUUUUACACCAUUUCUAAAUAAUAAAGGUAAAAACUCAACUCCACUGAUCAUCACACCUGUCAAAUACAAUAAAUGAAUAUGAAAUAAUGAUUUAAACAAUUAAAAUCUAAAAACAUGUUUUGCUAUUUUUUUUUCUCAUAAUUUCUUUUUCAUUGUUAAAGUCUAUCAUUUCUAGCUAUAAUUGCAAAUUUUAAUUUAAAAAUAUGAUUGUUUAAAUUUUUUUUCAAUUGCUAACAUACUUUUGUCCAAUCUUUACUCACAUUUUCAAAACUUUAAACACAUUUAGCAGGACAUCCGUCUGUUGUGGCCAUACCAUUAACACAAUUUAUGUCGUUUUCACAUAAAACGCAGUCAAUUAACACGUUUCUAAAAGGUUUAAAUUUUCUUUUCAUAAAGCUUACCCCAUACCAAAAUCAUGGAUCUUUCUCAUCUUAUUUGCAAAUGCUUAAACACAGCAAGUCAGAAAUGAAGACCUAAUGUUCCAAUCUUUAAAUAUAGUAAAAAAGUAUAGUAUAGUCAGGUGUUGAAGUUCUUUUCAUUACAUGGACAUACAGUAAAAUAGGACUCUUUGAAUUGGUUUUGUUCAGUGUAGAUGUAGAACAACUCAGGGAAGCAGAGAGAGAGAGAAAAAAAAUGUCUGGGUGAGGAAUAGAUGAAGGAGGAGAGGAGUAGUUGGAUCAGGACAAGGGAGAAGAAGAGGUGGAGAGGAGAGGAGGAAGAAUGUGUGCUAGAUUGUGCUUCUCUAUGUUUUUUCCCCGUACACAUGUGGAACCUAUGAAAGCUUAAUUCUGCCAUGCAUAAAAAAUAAAAAAAGUAAUUGUGACUUUUUUCUCUCAAUUCUUAGUUUAUAUCUCACAAUUCUGAGAAAAAAGUCAGAAUUGUGAGGUGUAAACUCACAAUUGCAAGAAAAAAAUUAGAAUUCUGAGAUAAAAAGUCACAAUUACCUUUUAUACUUUUUUAUUCUGCUUCAAAAAAAAAAAAAGCUUCAACAGUACCAAAGGCCAUGUAUGUUGGAUUUGUUGUUGUAAAGCUGUAAAGCUUUUACUACAAUGAUUCCACUGUUCCAUAUAUGCAGAAUAUCUGGUCUGCGUAGGGCACUAACUACCAAGGGGACACCAUCCCACCCUCUGUGGGGGCGCCAUCAACACCCCACCCCACCCCCAGAAAAAGAUUUCAACAAAGGGGGCAACUGAAGUUCAGCAUAGGGGACUCAUUUGACCAGUGGCUGCUUUGAGCAAUUCUGUUACUUUCUUCUUCUCUUUUUCUACUGUACAUUCUAUAAAGUAAUGACUCAGUCACUUUUAGAUAGUCUGUUGCCAAGAAUGCACACAUUCAACACUCAACCAAAAAUGUAAGCGUUCUACUUUACUGCAGUAAAAGGAAACUGAAUUAUAAAAACAAUGGAUUUCAUAUUUUUUGGCAGGUAGAACUGAAAGAUAACAAGUAAUGCAGUUUUCGUAAUGCCAUCAACUGUUAGUAUUUUGACAGUCAUUGCGCUUUGAUUGAUUAUAUGUUCAUGUUGGAUAGAAAACUAGUGCUAGAGUUUUGACAGAAGAACUCAAUUUUGAAUCAAGUUUGCUGUGUUUUGAUAGAGUUAGUAUAUGUAGAAAAAGGUUUUUAGUAUUUUGUAGAGUUUGUAUUUAUUUAACAAAAUAUGGUCUUGGGCAGAAAAUUUACUAUUUGGCUAAUUGUGUGAUGUUGGUGUGCUGCUGUGUUAAGAGUUUAGAAAAAGUACUUUAUGUAUUGGUAAACGCUUGUUAGCAAUUGUAAAAAUAAAAAAAAUAAAAAACUGUAACAAAUAAUUGUUUUUCAACUUUUCAUAAUUAUGCUGUUUUUUUUCCUCCUAUCGCCACCUGAAAAAGUGAAAUGGCCUGUAAUUUUUUUUACGUCAAAAUAAACCAGACAAUUGAACUGAA